ACUUUAUUUUUUUUUUUUCUCCAUUUUAGAAUAUUAAAACGUGGUCAAAAAUCUAUAGCACAUAAAAAUACUGAGGGUUUUACUUGAGCCGGUGCAUAGGAUGAUGUAAUAUCGAUCAAUCAACAUGACAAGCGAAUUAGCAGAAAAUAUUUUACUCCAAUUGGAGAAAAAUGGUGAAGUAAAUUCAUUGGAUUUAGUAAAUGUUUUUAAUGAAGACCAUCAAAAAAUUAUAGGAGCUAUUAAAAGUCUUCAAACUCUUGAUAAUGUAAUUGAAGUUGAGCAGAUAAGCCAUAAAAAAUGGGAACCCACUGCAGAAGGUGAACAUGUAAUUCAACAUGGUAGUCAUGAAGCAGCUGUAUAUCAUGCAGUACCUGAAAAUGGAAUAUUACAAACAGAAAUUAUGAAUUCUGUACCAUAUGCCAAAGUUGGAUUUUCAAAAGCUAUUGUGGCUGGUUGGAUAAAGCUUGAUAAAAGCAGUGGAAAACCUAUGGUUACCAGAAGUAUAUCUACUAUUGAAGAUACAACACAAAAUAAUCUUAAAAAUUUUGAUAAUCUCACCGACAAUAUUAAACUCGAAUAUAAAAAGAGAAAACUACUUCAAGAAAAUAUUAUUAAAAGUGUCACCGUUAGAAAGGGAUCAAACUUUGUGAUAAAAAUUGAAAAACAAGAAGCAGAUUUAACAAGUGAUUUAUUAGUAAAUGGAGCCUGGAAAGGAAAAAAAUUUAAACCAUAUAAUUUCGAUGCUAUGGGAUCUGCACUUGAUGUUGGUCAUUUGCAUCCUUUACUUAAAGUUCGAGCAGAGUUUAGAAAGAUAUUUUUAGAAAUGGGUUUUAUGGAAAUGCCAACGAAUAAUUUUGUUGAAAGUUCAUUCUGGAAUUUUGAUGCAUUAUUCCAACCGCAACAACAUCCAGCUCGUGAUGCUCACGAUACAUUUUUUAUUUCUGAACCAAAGUAUACAAAAAAUUUUCCGCAAGCUUACUUGGAGAAAGUCAAGCAAGUACACAGCAAAGGAGGAUAUGGUUCUGAAGGGUAUCGUUACGAUUGGAAAAUAGAAGAAGCACAAAAAAAUCUUUUACGUACACACACGACUGCUGUGAGUGCUCGAAUGCUGUAUAAAUUAAUGCAAGAGGGUGAAUUUAAACCAGUCCGAUAUUUCAGUAUUGAUAGAGUAUUUCGUAAUGAAACAUUAGAUGCAACUCACCUUGCUGAAUUUCAUCAAGUAGAAGGUGUCGUAGCUGAUUAUAAUUUAACAUUGGGUGAUUUAAUUGGUACUCUAUAUGAAUUUUUUAAAAAACUUGGAAUUGAUAAACUCGAAUUUAAACCUGCAUACAAUCCUUACACUGAACCAAGUAUGGAAAUUUUUUGCUUUCACGAAGGAUUAGGAAAAUGGAUUGAAAUAGGUAACAGCGGUAUAUUUAGACCUGAAAUGCUUUUGCCGAUGGGAUUACCAGAGAAAGUUAAUGUUAUUGCGUGGGGUUUAUCAUUAGAACGACCAACAAUGAUUAAAUAUAAACUUAACAAUAUAAGAGACUUAGUAGGACCAAAAGUGGAUUUGCGAAUGGUGUACAACAAUCCCAUUUGUCGUUUAGAAAAGGUAAGCAACAAAAACUCUUUUAAAGUAAAUGGAUCACAUGAUGACAAUUCUAUUGUAAUAAAUUCAACAAAAAAUAAUCAAUAUCUUCAAGGCCAGAGUUAUGUCAUAUUUUGUGAUCCAAAGUAUCCAAUUUAUUGGUUUGAAUCACUUUUAAGUCUAGCGGAAAAUUGUAUUACACCAUCGGUAUCAACUCACCUUCACUCUUCAGUCUUAAAUCCAUCUGAAGAUCUUAAAAAUUUUUGUAAUAAAUUUCGUACAAAUGAAAAAACAGAUAUAUCAAUUAUUUUUAUAUGGAAAUCGAUAGGAAUCGAUCCGUUGUUAAAAGCAUCAGGAAUGCGUGAAAUUUUUGGCGAAAUUAAUAUCGCUCGUUUCUUUAAUCGUCUAAUUGAAUCUGUUAAUAACUCAUUACUUAAAUAUGAAAGUAAUGGUACUAAAUAUGCUAAUAAAAUAGAUAUGGUUCUCGAAAAAAUGCAUUUAUCAAUGCAUAAAGAGAAUAAUUAUAAAUUAAAUGAUUUACGCAGUAAAUCAAAAACCCGUUACGUUCUGGGAGAUUUAUCAAUUAUUGAUGUAAUGCUGGAAGCUCAACGAUAAUCUUAUAGAUUGAUAAUUUUUUAAAAUAUAAAUUAAUAAAAAAAAAAGCUUCCAGUGUUCUUUCAUAUUUUAUAAAUAAUAAAAAUAAUGAUAAAGUUAUAAUUUUCAGUACUGGAAACAAAAACCGUUGGCCUUACAUUUAAAUAAAGCACAUAAAUAACACUA